CUUGCCGGUCUUUAGGUUGAGUACGCGGAAGUGGUCAAUAUGUAGCUGGUGGUGAGAAGUCUGAAAGUAACUGCCUCUUCUUUGGAGAAUAAGAUUUCACCAUGGAGGGAACUUCUAAAAGCGUUGCUGCAGGUCAGCCCUCCGUUGCUGCAGGUCAGCCCUCCGUUGCUGCAGAUCAGCCCUCCGUUGCUGCUCAGGUUCCUUUCCUUCACCUUUGUACCACUUUAGACAAAAUCCAGAAGUCUAAACUCCGUCCAGAUAAAUCCAGGAUCCUUAGGGAUUUCAUUGAGUCAUGGAGGAACUUUCACUCUGUGCUCCACAAGGACAACCCCAAAACAACAGACUCCUUCUACCCAGCUAUGCGCCUCAUAGUGCCGCCUUUCGAACGAGAGCGUAUGGCAUAUGGCAUCAAAGAGAGCAUGUUAGCUAAACUCUACAUCGAUGUAUUAGGACUUCCAAAGAACGGUCCAGAGGCCAAUAAACUGUUGAACUACCGUGCUCCGACUACAUCCCAAGGAGAUGCUGGAGACUUUGCCAGCAUGGCGUACUUUGUGCUGAAGAAACGGUGCACCAGCCAAGGAAAACUCAGCAUCAAAGAAGUCAAUGACUUUCUGGAUUUGGUGGCGAUCAAUAACGCUAACAAGCAGAAGGAUCUUGUGAAAAAGAGUCUGCUGCACCUCAUCACCCACAGCACAGCUCUCGAGCAAAAGUGGCUCAUCAGGAUGAUUCUGAAGGACAUGAAGCUCGGGAUCAGCAAAGAAACUGUUCUCCAGGUCUUCCACCCGGAUGCUGCUGAGCUCUACAAUGUCAACACGGACUUAAACAAGGUAUGCCAGCAGCUCCACGACCCCUCCGUGUCUUUAAGCGAAGUCUCUAUCGGACUCUUCUCUGCUUUCAAGCCAAUGUUGGCAGCCGUGGCCAACAUCCGCACUGUGGAGAAACAGAUGGGAAACAGUCCUUUUUACAUUCAGACCAAACUGGAUGGAGAGCGUAUACAGCUGCACAAAGACGGGGACGUGUACAAGUACUUUAGCAGAAAUGCUUUUGAGUACACCCAGCAGUUUGGAGGAUCCCCACUGGAGGGCUCACUCACACCUUACAUCCACAACGUUUUUAAAAACCAUGUUGUAAACUGCAUCCUCGAUGGUGAGAUGAUGGCGUACAAUCCGACCACAGAGGCCUUCAUGCAGAAGGGGAGCAAAUUCGACAUCAAGAAACUCAUGGACGACUCUGAGCUACAGACGUGCUUCUGCGUGUUUGAUGUGUUGUUGGUCAAUGACCAGAAGCUUGGCAAGGAAACACUGAAGAAGCGCUACGAGACCCUUGAGACAGUUUUCACUCCACUCAAGGGGAGGAUGCACCUGGUUCCAAAGGCCGACGCUAGAACCAUGCAGGAGGUAGUGAAUGCGCUCAAUGACGCCAUUGACAACAGAGAAGAGGGGAUCAUGGUGAAGGAUCCUUCGUCCAUAUACAAACCAGACAAGCGGGGGGAGGCAUGGCUGAAAAUCAAGCCAGAAUAUGUGGAUGGCUUGAUGGAUGAGCUCGACCUGCUGAUUGUUGGUGGCUACUGGGGGAAAGGGAGACGUGGUGGUAUGAUGUCCCAUUUCUUAUGUGCUGUUGCCGAAGCUCCAAAGCCUGGCGAGAAGCCCUCAGUUUUCCACACUCUCUGUCGCAUCGGCUCUGGCUACACCAUGAAGGAGCUGUAUGACCUCGGUUUAAAGCUAGCCAAGCACUGGAAAGUCUAUCGAAAAAAUGACCCUCCAGCAUCCAUCCUGUGUGGCACAGAGAAACCAGAAGCCUACAUCGAACCCUGCAACUCGGUCAUCAUCCAGGUCCGGGCGGCUGAAAUAGUCUCAAGUGACAUGUAUAAAACCAACUGCACUCUGCGUUUCCCCAGGAUUGAGAAGAUCCGCGAUGACAAGGAGUGGCACCAGUGCAUGACUCUGGCGGAGCUGGAUCAGUUCCGCAGUAAGGCAUCUGGGAAGCUAGCCUCACGGCACCUUCGCAUCGAUGGUGACGAACCGCAGAAGAAGAAGCGCAAGCUGCCAGUCAAACCCAAGAAGGUGGUGGGGAUCAUCGACCACUUUAAGCCCCAGGACCUCUCUGGGGUUACCAAGGAGACAGAUAUGUUUGAGGAUGUGGAGUUCUGUAUCCUGAAUGGCACAGAGGAUCACCCCAAGGCAGAGCUGGAAAAGGGCGUGGCCAGGUGUGGAGGUAUCGUGGUUCAAAACCCAGGAAGGGACACCUACUGCGUGAUUGCCGGUGUGGAGAACAUGCGCGUGAAGAACCUGGUUUCUUGCAACCAGCACGAUGUGGUGUGGGCCGCCUGGCUACUGGAGUGCCUUGACCAGAAGGAAGUGGUCCCGUGGCAACCGCGUCACAUGAUCCACAUGUCGCCCUCCACCAGGGAGCACUUUGCCAAGGAGUACGACAGCUAUGGCGACAGCUACUUUGUGGACACCGACGAGCAGCAGCUGCAGGAGGUGUUUGACCGGAUCAGCAAUGCAGAUGCGGCGGUGAAUGUCAGCCAGGUGGAGCAGCGGUACGGCUGGGAGGACCUUCCCACCAGCAUGUUCAGACCCUUCGAGGUUUACAUGGACGGCUAUGCCGACAUAGGAGACCCGGAAACCGCCAUACCUGCCACCUGUUUGGACAUCAGGGCGCUGGAGUUUCGAUACCAUGGAGGGAAGGUAGUGCAGAAGUUAAAGAAAGGAGUCUCUCAUGUCAUUAUCACAGAGGAAACAAGACUUCUGGAGUUAAGGACUCUGAGGCGCUGCUUCCGGAAGAAAUUUAAGAUCAUAAGAGACUCAUGGGUGACUGACUCUAUCAAAGCAGGGUAUCUGAUGAAUGACAAUGACUACUUAGUUUGAUUUUCUGGUGAUACAUACACAAGAUUUAUGUUGACACUGGAGAGAAAUACUCAUAUAGCUCACAUUUUAAUUAAUUUCCAACAAGAUUAGCAGUAAAAACAGUCAAAAACACUGUUAAGGGUGAGGUAAGUGAUGUGAUUUAUAACUACACUGUACAUUACAGGUUUGUUAAUUCUCAGGGCUUUCAUGCAAACUUUAUGAGAUUUAUUUUUGGUCUUCCUAAUGAGUGAUUAAGGCUGCUUGAUAUUAGUUUUAAGUUAAUAGGCCAAUGUAAAAGACCGGAAGGCAAUGAUUGGAUAUUGAAUUUUAAAAGUUAGAAUUGCAUUAUGAAAUAUUCAAAUAGUGAAGCUGAUUAUUCUGUUUUUUUUAGAUAUUACCCUCUCUUUAAACUUUUUAGUUAUUAACACAUUUUAUGGAAAGGAAAAUAGGUUUUCUGCUUUAACAGAUUGAGGGGUUUCAUUCUGAAACUGGAAUCUGGGAAUAUAAGAAUACUGUCUCACAAAUGAAGCUGCUUUGUUGUCCUGUAGUUAGAUAUGAUACUGGUGUAAAUUUCAGUCCACAUUGGAGAAUCUGAUGAGAGCGCAGCAGCCAGGGGAUAUUCCACCAUUAACAGUCUAAAAUAGGCCUAUUCUUAUUUUUCAAUUUUGAGGGGACACUCCAUCAAUGUGGUGUUGUAGUUAAGUAGAAUUGGGGGACUCGAAUGGUCCAAAUUGAAGCAGCUGAGGCCGAGGUAUCCUGACUGUCAUCCGUAUUAUGAGUCAAGCUGCAAAAAAAUCAAAUCCGGCAUUUCUGAAAUGCAGCUGGAUGGUAUCUUUCAUCAGACCUCCCUUUCCUCUAAAAGCUUUUUUUAAACUCCACAUCUGCAGUCUGAGUUACUGAUCAGAUUUUUACAUCUGAAGCCCAAACUGAGAUAAAGCUUUUAACAUCACUAUGCCAUCAUCAGGUUUCUAAGGCCUAGCAGUACUUUUAGUGAUGAACAAACUGAACUUUGUGUGUGAAUUUGGUGAAGGCAAAUAAAUCAGAUUACUGUAUUGAGUCUUGACCUGUGACCUGUGCCUUUGUGCUUUUAUGUCUGUGUAAUCACAUGUUGAAUACAACUCUAAUAAAUAUCUGGAAUUGGUUUAAAGUACUGAA